AAAAUCAUUUAAUAUUUACCUGUCGAUGCUCUUUGUUGGAUAAGCAGUGGCAGUUAGUAAUGUUUUUCCAAAAGUUGUUCAUCCUGGCGAUGGCGAUUGGGUCGCUUUCGGCGGCGUCAAUUCAGAGCAACCCAUCCGUCUCGUUGUCGAAGAAUGGGAAGGAGAGCUCGGGAGUUCUACAGCUGGAUGGGGUGGGAAAUUGUGGAAAUGGACUUCUCAUCGAUGUCCGAAUGACUGGAUGCACCCAAGCCCCUUGUCAACUCAAUCGAGGCCAGACGUACAAUAUCCAAGUGGACUUUCUGCACACGGGAACUCGAGACUUUGGAAACCUCAAUUUUAAAUCGCUUGCACUGAAGGAUAACCAGAUUCAAACCAUUACGAAUGACGUUACUUUACACGGUGUGAGAUUGAUUCCUGGGCAGAUUUAUACCUUUGACUACGACUUAAUCGUUCCAUCCACCCCGUUUGGUGGGGUUGAGUCCGAGAUACGAUUCAAGGUUUAUCAAAACCUGUGGAAACCACUCUGUGUUGUCAUCCCGGCUACUCUAGCUUAGGUCAACAUCUCUAUCGAUAUAUCUACACGACAUAUGCACAAUUUAUUAUAUUUCGUCUAAUAAAAUUUAUUGGCACGCAGCAAUUAAA